AUGGAAUUUUUUCAUCAGAUUCAGCAAAUACCAGAGUUGAGAACACUUCUCAACCAUCCGCUUUCAGAAAGCUUCCUCUACGUGAAAUGGUGUCUCAUUAAGAAAUAUUACUUGCUUAAUUUCGCAUUUUAUUUAUUAUUUUGCGUGGCCUUGAACGCUUAUAUUUUCCAAAUUUAUGAAUGUUCAUCUUCAUCGACCAGCUACAACAGCUCUCAGUCAACCAAUACUGAAAUCAACCAUCAAACAUCUUCAACUUUAUGCAAAGCACCGUGGGUAGGAUUGGGAACAAUAACAUUCCUGUUUUACAUCGUGUUCAUUGUACGAGAACUUUGUCAAAUAUUUCUUUCAAUUGGGCAAUACUUCAAAUCACCUGAAAACUGGUUGGAAAUGAUGAUGAUCGCUGCAGUUGGUGUUUUCUUUGCGAAUGAACGCAACGUAUAUAUAGCAGCCACUGUUAAUGUAAUGGCGUGUAUAGAGCUCGUAUUUCUACUUGGUAAACAUCCGUGGUUUUCGGUCUACAUAGAAAUGUUCAAAACAGUCGCGUUAAAUUUUGCCAAAUUUCUCGCAUUGUUUUCAAUUCUGGCUGUAUCGUUUGCGAACAGCUUUUACAUUCUGUUCCGAAACAAAACAGAAGAGUACGCAUCGACAGAUAAUGAAACCAAUGUAGAUCCAUCCAACCAGCCGAUAGAAAACUCCAUUAAUUCGUGGUCGGACGUGAGAGUAUCGUUAAUCAAAUCGAUUAUCAUGAUGACCGGAGAACUUGAUACCUCUAAUCUACCCCUAGGUGAAAAUUUCAAUUACAGUUAUGUGUUUUUUUCGCUCUUCAUCUUUCUCGUUCCCAUGGUACUUUAUAAUCUACUCAACGGUUUGGCCAUCAGUGAUACGAACGCUAUCAUGAAAGACUCGGAAAUAGUUGCUGUGAUGUCUCGAGUUAAACUGAUGUGGCAAUUGGAAGGUCUACUCAACAGCAAGUCAUUGCAGUUUUUACGUAAGCGUAGCCCAGAAUUUUUAAAUCACCGAUUUUUCAGGGAUGUUGUUAUGAAUAGUAGAGAGCACGAUGAUCCAGAAAUACAAGAACUGGAGAGACUUUCGAAAAGGAUUGGAAAAAGGGGAGUUGUUGUACGCUCCGUAGAUAAGUACAGCAUAGAAAUUGGUAACCCUGGAAAAGUAAUCGGAAAAAUGCCCCUCACUAUCAUCAAACAAGCUGAACAAAUUGUAGAAAAACCAAAUCACAGUAAUUCUUCCAAAGAUAUGGAACAGAGUUUAUCGACGGAUGUCGCAAAGAAAACUUCAUCGAACAGCGGAUUCAUCGAUGAAACAGUUCAUAAGAUGAGCGAUCAAAUUCAUAAUUUAAAACUCGAGAUCGAUCAAAAAAAUACAGAAAUGAAGAUAAUAAUCGAUGAAAUGAACGCAAAAAUUACUGAUCGCGUCGAAAAAUUGUUGCAAAGCGUUGAAAGUAAUAAUAAAUUACUGAAAUCGGUUGUGCAGGCAGACUAUUUGAAGCCGAAAGAACAGGUUGGAGAUGGGGAUGAAUUAUUGACAUGUAUUUCUCAUCGAAUGUAAUGAUGUUUCCUGAUUAGUGUUCAAAUUAAUUGCAUUUCUCAAUAAUUUCUUCAGUAUUUAAAUUUUCUGUUAUUCUUCAUAAAAUCUUUGCCUUUCCGCAACUAUGUAUUUUUACCUUUAAUUUACAUCAUCUACUAUAUUUAUAUGUAGGUAAUUACCUAAUUAUUCUUUGAAUUAUAUUUUUAUGGUACGAUUUCAA